AUGGCAUCUUCCGAGAAUAGCGGUGCAGGUGAUGAUGCCCAGGCUACAGAAACAGAGGAAACAGACGAAACACUCAAAUACCGUCUCCUUGGGCCCUCCCUGACCAAGGCGGGUCAGAGUGCUGUUGACCAACGAAAGGUAUCCGAAAUCAUAUACAACGUCUCCAGGGGCUCCAAAUUCUUUACUCAUGAGAAGUCUCGCAACCAGCUAUUAACCACCAAAAUCGAACGGAUUAUUUCCCAGAAGCAGAAAAUAGAAGAGCACGGCCUUUUACUUCAUACACGCCGGACAGACCAAUAUCUGGCUGAGCUCGAGCUGGGGCGCGACCUAUCGCAGACCGUUGUUCAUAUCGACUGCGACGCAUUUUUUGCGGCUGUCGAGGAGCUUGACCGACCUGAACUACGCGAGUUACCCAUGGCUGUGGGAAAAGGAGUCCUCACAACAUGUAACUACCAUGCUAGAAAGUAUGGCUGUCGAAGUGGCAUGGCGGGUUUUAUCGCCAAAAAGCUGUGCCCAGAUCUCAUCCUAAUUCCGCAAAAUUAUCAAAAAUAUACUGCCAAGGCUGACGAAAUCCGAGCCAUACUGGCAUGCUACGACCCACAAUUCCAGAGCUCCAGCCUCGAUGAAGCGUAUCUGAAUAUCACCGCUUACUGCUCGGCCAACGAGAUUGAGCCAGAGGAGGCUGUUCGCAGGCUACGUAGUGAAGUUGUCGAAAAGACAAAGGUGUCAAUUUCCGGCGGUAUUGCACCUAAUGCGCGGUUAGCCAAAAUCUGCUCGAAUUGGAACAAACCAAAUGGUCAACACUAUGUACCUAACGAGCGUUCAGCGAUUAUGAAGUUCAUGUCCGCCAUACCACUACGCAAUAUCAAUGGUGUAGGUCGUGUUUUCGAAAGGGAACUAGACGCCAUUGGCAUAAAGUAUUGCCGCGACAUAUUCACACACCGUGGACUUAUUUUACCGUUGUUUGGAGAAAAAUGUUAUAGAUUCCUAAUGCAAUGCUACCUCGGACUGGGAAGGACUAAAAUACAGCCAAUCGAAGAAUCUGAAAGAAAGAGUGUCGGCACCGAACGUACAUUUAGAGACACUGGGAAUGUGGCAGAUUUACAAGAAAAACUUCAGCUGACAGCCCUUGAACUGGAGAAAGACAUGCUUCGUACCCAGUUUAAGGGCCGGACUUUGGUCCUGAAAGUGAAGCUUCAUACUUUUGAAGUAUUAUCUCGCCAAAUGCUGUUACCGAAAGCGGUUUAUUUAUCGGAAGACCUCUAUCGUUAUGCGCUUCCAAUGUUGGUCAAACUUUACAAGGAGACGCCAAAUUUGAAAAUCCGGUUAAUGGGUCUACGAUGUACAAACCUGGUCAGCAUGAAAAACACAGAUGUUAACUUUUUUCGUGGUAUCCAAACUAGUAACGGGCGGCCUCAAUCCAGUUCCCGUAUCAAGAGCCCCGAGGAAGAAGGGUUGGGAAUACUAGAUGGUCAAGAUAUCCACGAUCAACCCCGGGAUCCAGAUUCCAUGAUAGAGGACUGGGAACAUUCGCAUGUACCAUAUGGAUCCAUUGCAGGGAGUCAUACUUUGAACCCACUAUUCAAGUCGGAUCCAACUUUGGAAAUGUGGGAGUGUCCGAUUUGCAUGGACCCGCAGCAGCCCGACAAUUCGACUUUCAAUCGACACUUAGAUUUCUGCCUGUCAAAACAAACGAUUAGAGAAGCUGUUUGGGGGACAUUGGAGGAACCCCGGCCACCACUGACGGGCAAACGCAAGACUGACCAUCCUGCUGAUACCGCCGCAGAGAACGUGAGAAAACGACCAUUCUUUACGUGA